AUGAAUGAGCACGGACCGCCGCCGCUUCAACCGGUGAUUUCCAAAGCGUUCGGCGAUGGCCGCACGAUCCGGCACGGCUUUUUCACGCGUGCCGGCGGCGUUUCCGAAGGCCUUCAUGCCGGGCUCAAUGUCGGGCUGGGCUCGGCGGACGAUCAGGACCAUGUGCACGAAAACCGCCGCCGCAUCGCCGGCUGGUUCGGCGUCGGAGAAAUCGCCCUCAGCGGCUGCCAUCAGGUCCAUUCCGCCGAUGUCGUCACCAUCGACGCGCCGAUCCCGCUGGACGGCCGCCCCAAGGCCGAUGCGCUGGUCACCGCAACGCCGUCCAUCCCGCUCGGGGUCCUGACCGCCGAUUGCGCGCCGGUCCUGUUCGCCGACCCGGACGCGCCGGUCGUCGGCGCCGCCCAUGCCGGCUGGAAGGGCGCGCUGACCGGCGUUCUUGAAAAUACCGUCGAUGCGAUGGUCGCCCUGGGCGCCGAAAGGGCGCGCAUCGCCGCCAUCGUCGGCCCGUCGAUCAGCCAGCCCAACUAUGAGGUCGGGCCGGAGUUCGCCGAGCGCUUCAUGACCGCCCAUCCGGACAAUGCCGGCUGGUUCCGGCCAAGCGGCCGACCGGGCCAUCAUCUGUUCGACCUUGCCGGCUAUUGCGUUGCCCGGCUUCAGGGGGCCGGCGUCACCGCCUCGGCCACCGGCGAAUGCACCUAUGCCGACGAGGCACGCUUUUUCUCCUACCGCCGCACCACCCAUCGCGGCGAGCCCGAUUAUGGCCGGCAGAUGUCGGCCAUCAUGAUCGUCUGA